UAGCAGGACAGCAGCAAUUGCUAGCACAGGAUUUUGCUAGCAGUUUUCUUCUAGCUUGGAGUGUGUAGCUUUGGACUGGAUUCCAGAAUUUUAGCCUGCCUGUCGUUGCUUCUGCGCCGACUCGUUCUAAAAUACCUCUAACUCGUAUUGUUCACGUACGAACAGCCUCGUUCUAUCGUACAGUACUCACACACGAUAGGUAAUCGCCAUCAUGGCUGCAGCGUCGCACUCACUGGCCCACCUUCAGACCUCUGCAUUGGCCGUGGAGGCUUCUAGCAAAACCUCCAGUGCCAGCAGGACCCUCACAGGCAACCAGUGCCAGGCCCUCGUCUCGCGGCCGUUGAUCCCCGCUAUACGCCACCCGGACGUGCCGUUAACGAGGCAAACUCGGGGUCCGGUUCGGGUGCAGGCAGCGCUAGAUAAGCUCGGGUUCCUGGGUCGACUAGGCCGCGUGAUUAAAGAGAAGGCGCAGAGCGACUACGACCGCGUGUUCAAGGGCGUGACUAAAACGAGGGAGAGCCUGAAGGUCGUGGACGAGCUUCUGACGUACUGGAAUCUAAACGAGGCGGAUAAUAUCCUGGAAGAGCUGGAGGAGGCCCUCAUAGUGGCGGAUUUCGGGCCGCGCACGGCGCUUCGCAUUGUGGAUGGCAUCCGAGAGGAGAUUAAAGCCGGGCAGCUGAAGACCGGCAAGGAGAUUAAGCAAGCGCUGAAGCGCGCCAUUGUGAAGCUGCUCACGGACAAGGCGCCAGUCACGGAGCUGCAGCUGGGGACCAGCAAGCCAGCAGUGGUGAUGAUCGUGGGGGUGAAUGGGGGCGGCAAGACCACCACCAUUGGCAAGCUAUCUCACCGAUUCAACAGCGAAGGGGCCAAGGUUCUCCUAGCAGCGGGUGACACCUUCCGGGCGGCGGCGAGCGAGCAGCUGGAGGUGUGGGCGGCGAGGACAGAGGCGGAGAUAUUCACCGCUGAGGGGGAGAAAGCACGGCCAGCCACCGUGCUGGCCAAUGCAGUGCGGAAGGCAAGCAAUGAGGGAUUUGACAUUCUCCUUGCCGACACAUCAGGCAGGCUGCACACCAACUUCAAUCUCAUGGAGGAACUCAAGGCGUGCAAACGAGCCGUGGCGAAGACCCUUCCUGGUGCUCCCCACGAGGUGCUGCUGGUGCUGGACGGUACAACGGGGCUCAACAUGCUGCCCCAGGCCCGGGAAUUCAACCAGGCUGUUGGUGUCACGGGCUUUGUCCUCACUAAGCUAGAUGGCACGGCACGGGGAGGCUGUGUGGCGAGUGUGGUGGAUGAUUUGGGAAUUCCUGUGAAGUUUGUUGGAGUGGGGGAGGGCAUGCAGGACCUGCAGCCAUUUGACGCCGAGGCCUUUGUGAACGCCCUCUUCCCCUCGUAACCAUAUCAUCAACUUAGCGCUGUGUCUCGUUGGAGAAACAGAUUCCGCCGAGCAUGUAGAGAAGGCAGGCUUGCCAGCAAGCAAGUAAAAGGGUGGCAAAAAGGAUAGGAAGGAGAGCACAACUUGACACUCGGAGGGGGGCCCUAAUUGUCCUGUGCUGCAAGCGUUUGGUUAUUGCGUCACUCCACACCACACCCAAGUCCAGGGGUGCGGCCUAAGAAAGCAAGUCACAGUACUACCGGCAUGCUCCUACAUCGGUGGUGAGCUGUGGUUUAUCGGUCUGAUGUUUGAUAAAUGAUAUACCGUAGUACAAACGAUUACUGUGGUCUUUCUACACCUGACACCCUCCCACAAUCCGAUCACUGCCCACCCAGCAGCACGCCACAGGCGACUGAGGAAGCGUAGUGGAUGUUAAAUUGCUUUAGUCAAGCAGAAUUGUUGUGAGUCCUAGCAAAACAGGAUUUCGAUGCUCUUGUUGAAGCACAUUCUAGGGGUUCAUUGUCAUGGUGGUGCAAUCCAAGAACGA